CGAGUUGACAAGAAACGGGUUGAAUGAGCUUCAGGUACAUCCUGCUAUAUCCGUAUUGCAGGGAAAGCUAUAUAUAAGAAUGAGUUGUCGUGACAUGAAGGUCCUCAUCCUCAUCCGCUGCUACCAUAAGCCAGAGAAAUAAAAAGCUAAACCAACAAAAUGUUUCUCCCCGUUUCCACCACCGCCGCCAUCCAAGUCCUUUUCAUCGCUAGUGCACUCGCAAUACCAACCCAUGAUCACAGCAAAAGCCUCUUCAAAAGCACCGCCGGCUUCUCGAAACCAACCUUCUCCACCUCCGCCGGAGGCUACGCCACCUGUCUAUCAGGCCUCAUCUCCGUCCCCGUCACCGUCGUUAACGAAAAACUCCUCUUCUCCUCCCCAGCCGACCAAUACGCAGUAACAGCCUCUUUCGUUCAUUUCCUCCAAGCCAACAGUUCCCAAGCCCUUGAAAUCGCCGGUGGGCCAGUAACCAUCUCCACCACCUUCAGUAUCGCAGCCAAGCUCUGCUGUCCCAAGACCUGGUCCUCCCAACCAGCUUCAACUAAGACAAUUCAAUUCCUCACCCAUGGAAUCGGAUUCAAUCAAUCGUAUUGGGACUUCGCGGAGGGUUAUAGUUUUGUCGAUGUAGCUGCUAAGGCGGGGUAUCCGACAUUCAGCCAUGAUAGACUGGGUGUAGGCGCGAGUGACCACCCAGAUCCGAUUCAGAUUGUGCAGGCACCGACUCAAGUUGAGAUUAUUCACGAACUCGUGUCUUUCCUCCGGUCUGGCAAACUCGCUGACACCACAUUCGAGAACGUUGUUGCGGUAGGACACUCCUUUGGCUCGAUUCAAAGUGUUGGGGUUGCGGCGAGAUAUCCGAAAGAUUUUGAUGCAUUGGUUUUGACGGGCUUCUCGACUAGUGCGGACAGUUUGGGGUUGACGUUUUCGGAUUUCAAUAGUGCGAUUGCAAGGCUGAACCAGCCGGAGAGGUUUAAGGACUUGCCGAAUGGAUAUUUGGUUGUGGAUAAUGCGAUUGGGAAUCAGUUUGCUUUCUUCUACUACCCGAAUUUUGAUAUUGAAAGUAAGUUUUCUCGUUGAAAGUUAUGGGGAG